UACUGUACUGUACAGUAUGUGUGUGUGUAGGCCAUGUCAGCAGAUCAUUGAGAAUCUUUGGAUGGCUUUAUGGGCUUCCUGCAGUUUUCUUGGGUCUUGGCAGAAAAGGAAAAUGUACAACAAAUUCCUCCACUUCCCACAGGAAAUGAGAGGCAGAAUGUGUCCAGCAGCGAAAUGACCGCCGCAGCGUUUGCGGGUGGUAUUGCAGUCUGAAGUGGAACCUGGAAGGCUUCCACUCACAUCAGCUUGAAUGCACUAAAGUGCAGUGUGAGGCUCUUGAGAAUAGCCGUCUUGCUGUAAAGCUUCUUGUCCCAUGUGGUGCUGGAGAAGUGCAUUCAGUUCUCUUUUUGCAGCGGAAUGACGUCUGCUAAAAUAAGGCCACGGAUGAAGUCCACAAAAAAAAAAGACCUUGAAAUAGUGUAGGUUGAUUUAUUACAGAAAUUGCUUGUAACUUUUUUUGUACCUGUCACAAAUCUCCUCUUUUCAAGCUUUGUAUACAGUUGAGCUUACUGUGCUUGAAUUAAAGCAGUGAUUUAAAUCGAUGCAAUUUUAUAUUGUUCUUUUUACUAUCUUUUUCAUGUCAGUUUUUAAAGAAAACACACGAGAGGUACUUUAAAAAACCUUUCAUUAACCCAUAUGGUUUAAUCGUUUGCCGUCUUUGAAUCUGUGUACUGUGGAUUUAAUGUUUUGACAGAGAGAAAUGUAUCAAGAGUGUCAGACAAACAUAAGAGUCUCAUAUGUUGGCUCUACUCAUGUACUUAAUGGGGACUUAUUUCUUCCUGAAUCUUGAGUGCUGCUGGAGUAUCAUUCUGAAACAGAGGUAAUGGUACCAUUACAUCUCUCAAAUUACUGUAUGUUUUGAAAUUGUUUAGUUGAAAAAGCUUCAGCACAUUAAUUAAUUCAACCAGGUGACAUUAAUUUCUAUUGGUCUUUUCACUUCUAUUUGAAUUAGAGCUGUUAUUACUCCAGUUAUCUUGCUUAAGUAUUGACCUACAGUAUUACCAUUGCAAAGAGGAUGAAUACAAAUGGUAUUGAUGAAAUCAACAUAUUUGAGUUAGUGAUGUUUUACAUACAUUUGAAUUCAUUCACACAGGGAAUUGUUCAGUUUGAUCAUAAUCAUAAUAUAUUCAAAAUGUGUAUAGAAAGCAUGAUUUUUACAGUAUCUUGAUAAAAUGGGACAGCUUUGAAAGGGGGUGAAUACAUUUGCAAGUCACGGUAGAUAUAGCAUUCAAGUACUGUAGCUCAUACAAUAUGAAAUGCAUAUUCAAGCCCGUUCAAUUUCUCAGUGAAUAAUAAAUCAAAAGUCCAUAUGUACUCUCAAGUAUCAGAGUAUACUGUAAUCGUUCCUUUAGCCUUGUGAAUUUGAAUGCCCUUAAUUAAAUGAUCAUCUGCAGUGCCUGAGAUGGCUUUAAGAUUUGCUGUACUGGCAGUGACAUGUGAAGUCUUCUCAUUUUUUAGGCGACUGAUUUAAAUUGGCUGCAGACAAGACCUGUGCAUGUUGUUUUGCAAUUGUUUUCAGUUUAGACGCAAAGCUGCUACCAUGCUGACUUUUGGACAUGUGGAAACUGUUGAACUCCAAGCCUGUUUUGGCAAUACAUAAAGCUGUAUUUUGAAAAGAGGGUAGGGGGAUGCGGAAAACAUUCACCACCUCGGAUGAAGGGCCAUACACCAAGCCAUCCAACCCAUCCAAACCUCCUGAUGGAGCGCUGGCUGUCCGCAGGCAGAGCAUACCAGAUGAGUUUAAGGGCUCAACCAUAGUGGAACUGAUGAAGAAGGAGGGCACCACCCUGGGGCUCACGGUAUCUGGGGGCAUCGACAAGGACGGCAAGCCCAGAGUGUCUAAUCUGCGCCAGGGGGGAAUCGCUGCUAGGAGCGACCAGUUAAAUGUCGGAGACUACAUAAAAUCAGUAAAUGGGAUAAACUUAACCAAAUUUCGUCAUGAUGAAAUUAUUAGUCUCCUCAAAAAUGUUGGAGAGAGGGUAGUGCUGGAAGUGGAGUAUGAGCUGCCACCUAUUUCUGUUCAAGGCUCAGGGGUGAUUUUUAAAAAUGUAGAAGUCACUUUACACAAAGAAGGCAACACAUUUGGGUUUGUCAUAAGAGGAGGGGCCCAUGAAGACAGAAACAAGUCUCGUCCCGUUGUCAUAACUACAGUCAGGCCUGGGGGCCCGGCAGAUAGGGAAGGCACUGUCAAGUCGGGGGACAGGCUGCUGAGUAUCGAUGGCAUCCGCCUCCACGGAACUUCCCAUGCCGAGGCCAUGAGCAUCCUGAAGCAGUGCGGGCAGGAAGCGACGCUCCUCAUCGAGUAUGACGUGUCGGUCAUGGAUUCAAUAGCAACAGCUUCCGGGCCUCUGCUAGUUGAAGUUGCCAAAUCCCCAGGGUCAAGUCUGGGAAUUGCAUUAACUACCUCUAUGUACUGCAACAAGCAGGUCAUUGUCAUUGACAAAGUAAAGCCUGCCAGUAUUGCAGACAGGUGUGGGGCACUGCAUGCAGGCGACCAUAUCCUGUCUGUUGACGGCACAAGCAUGGAGUAUUGCACUUUAGCUGAAGCUACCCAGCUCCUGGCCAGUGCCUGUGAGCAUGUCAAACUGGAGAUCCUCCCUCACCACCAGACCAGACUGCCUCUGAAGGGCUCUGACCACGUCAAGGUGCAAAGAAGCAACAGGCAGCUGCCCUGGGACUCCUGUGCCAACAACAACCGCAACUUCCUUCCCUACCAACAUUAUAACACCUACCACCCUGACCAUUCCAGGACGCAAGCCUCGAAAUACCAGAAACCCUCUCCAAACAACCUUCCUCUGGUGUCAUCCUCCUUCUCUCCUACCUCCAUGAGCGCCUACAGCCUAAGCUCCCUCAACAUGGGCACGCUGCCCCGGAACAUGUAUCCCACCAGCCCCCGCGGCACGCUGAUGCGCAGGAAGCUGAAGAAGAAGGACCACAAAAGCUCUUUGUCUCUGGCCUCCAGUACUUUGGGUCUAGCAGGACAGGUGGUCCACACUGAAACCACAGAGGUCACUCUUGUUGGUGACCCCAUCCUGGGCUUCGGAAUCCAGUUACAAGGAGGGGUGUUUGCCACAGAGACCCUGUCGUCCCCUCCCCUCAUUGCCUAUAUGGAUCCAGACAGCCCCGCGGAGAGGAGUGGCAUCUUGCAGAUCGGAGACCGGAUCCUGGCAAUCAAUGGGAUCCCCACUGAGGACAGCACCCUGGAGGAGACCAAUCAGCUUCUGCGAGACUCCAGCAUCACGAGCAAGGUCACGCUGGAGAUUGAGUUUGACGUGGCAGAGUCCGUCAUUCCCAGCAGUGGCACAUUUCACGUGAAGCUACCAAAGAAGCCUGGUGUAGAGCUCGGUAUUACAAUAAGCUCUCCUUCUAGCAGAAAGCCUGGAGAUCCUCUUAUCAUCUCAGACAUUAAGAAGGGCAGCGUUGCUCACAGGACGGGGACACUGGAACUAGGAGACAAGCUGCUAGCCAUUGACAACAUCCGUCUGGACAACUGCUCCAUGGAGGAUGCUGUGCAGAUCCUGCAGCAAUGUGAGGACCUGGUGAAGCUCAAGAUUCGCAAAGAUGAAGACAACUCAGAUGAGCAAGAGAGCUCUGGAGCAAUCAUCUACACUGUGGAGCUGAAGCGCUAUGGGGGGCCUCUGGGAAUCACAAUCUCUGGCACUGAGGAGCCAUUUGACCCCAUCAUCAUCUCCAGCCUAACGAAAGGAGGCCUGGCAGAGAGGACUGGGGCAAUACACAUUGGAGAUCGAAUUCUAGCCAUAAACAGCAACAGUCUGAAGGGGAAACCGUUAAGCGAAGCCAUUCAUCUUUUACAGAUGGCAGGGGAGUCUGUCACAUUGAAAAUCAAGAAGCAAGGUGAAGCAACGAGCCCUAAGAAGCCCUCAGCCUCUGGGCGGCUCAGUGAGCUCAGCGACGUGGAGGACGAGUCUCAGGCGGCUCAGAAGACAGGAAAGCUGUCAGAUAUGUACUCCACCACCAUCCCCAGUGUUGACAGUGCUGUGGAGUCCUGGGAUGGCUCGGGCAUCGACACUGUCUUCGGCACACAGGUACCUGGGUACCAGGCUUCAGGGUACAGUUUUCACAGCCACGAGUGGAGGAAUGCAAAGUCCAGGGGCAGCCUGUCUCCUGUCAGCCGGCAGAGGAAUAACAUCUUCCAGGACAUCGGGCUGAGUGAUGACGAGUGGGAUCGGCCUACCACUAGCGGGUUCACUGUGGGCAACGAUGGAACAGAACCAGACCAAGAGGAAAACUUCUGGUCUCAGGCACUGGAGGACCUGGAGACCUGUGGCCAAUCAGGCAUCCUGCGAGAACUGGAGGACAAGCCAGACAGGCUUCUGAAUAUGAGAAACCUGGCCAUCUUGGCCACCAUCAUGUCAGGGAGUACCAUGAGCCUCAACCACGAGCCCCAGCCCCAGCGCAGCCUCCUGGGCAGGCAGGCCAGCUUCCAGGAGCGCAGCCUGAGCCGGCCCCAGUACACACCCACCAACCGCAGCAACACUCUUCCAACUGAGGCUGGGCGGAAGGCUUUCGCCAUGAGGAAGAUCAAGCAGGAGAUGAAGGACAUCAUGUCCCCAACCCCAGUGGAGCUCCACAAGGUGACACUGUACAAGGACACGGAUGCAGAGGACUUUGGGUUCAGCGUGUCGGAUGGCCUCCUGGAGAAGGGCGUGUAUGUCAAUAACAUCCGACCCAGUGGACCUGCUGAUCUUGGAGGCCUCAAACCCUACGAUAGGCUGCUGCAGAUCAACCACGUGCGGACCAGAGAUUUUGACUGCUGCCUGGUGGUGCCUCUUAUUGCUGAAUCGGGGAAUAAACUGGAUCUGGUCAUUAGCCGAAACCCCCUGGCCUCCCAGCCAGUGACAGAACUGGAUCAGCAGCCCUCAGAAGCUCCCAGUGAGUGGAGCGAACAGAAUGAUGCUCUACAACAGCCGCAGCAACAGCAGAGUAGCAGAUUGGCGGGAGUGGAUGCCAGAGAGCCCACAAAAACCUUAUAGCAAAGCAAACUUGAAUUACAGAGCAAUUGAGACCGUUCCCAUGGUGCUAAAUCACUUUAAUAGUGUUUCUCUAUGGAAAAUAGGGCAGACGUCAAGGAUUUGUCAAAGCACACUGAAUUCCUCCUAGUAUCGAAGCAUGAACCAGUGAAAAGCCCUCAGAACUGAUUAUAUCUUCCCUUUAUUUGAUGGGUGUGUGUUUCAAACCCCUUGUGAUGAUGAUGGUGAUCAUGAAGACCUAUUGAUAUACAAAAAAGAAAACAGUGCCAUCCUUAAUUUUGUAAUCCAGUAGGACAAUACUGCUUUAGGUCAUGAAAAAUAAUCAUCUGUUUACAGUAAUAAUUUAGGAUAUUGAACUCGUCCACCUGUGUACAAGACAAUGAUGUGGGUGUUUUAAAGUCUGAAAAUCCCUUAUCCUUAUUCCUAAGGAGACAUCCUACAAACCAUAUGAGGCAGAAAUACCGCAGAGUUGCUCCAGGCUUCUCUGUGUCCACCAGAGUCUGAGAUGGAAAUGAUCACGAGGUUUAUUCUUGCAGAAGUGGGGUGGCUUGAUUCCCAAUAUUUAUUUUUAUAAGUAGAUUUUUUAAAAAGUAUUGGAAAGCCUGCGCUUUUUCAUGCAAGCUUUGCCCAAGGUCAGUAGAGAUCCUGAAGAAGGAAAAGGGUUUACAUCCAGUAAGAUGAUGAGCUGCCGAGGGUAAGCCUCCUGUACAUGAGAAUACUCCUGCUGUGAAUAAGGCUCAAGCAGGAAUUUGGCUUAAUCCCAAUGCAUCUUAACUGCAGGCUGGAAGCUUACUGCAUGUGACGUUUUCUGUUAAAAGAUGUACGCAACAAGAGAAGAAAAAUAUUUGGCUGGUUUCAGCAAGAUGAAUUUUCAGUCUAUUUUUUUUUCCAUUUAAUUCUAGACCCAUGCUUUAUAAAGAAAACUACAAUACACCGUGGCUAAAAAACACAAAGUUGGGGUUUGCUAAGAUGUAGCAUAUAUUUACCCUUUAAAUGUAGCCAUACUGGUCAGAUAGUCAAAAUGGAGAUGUCUUUUCCUUGUAAAUCUGCCUAAUAUGCAAUGCAGCCACUAUUUUCCAGGAGCACAGCUCUCUCUCAAUGCACCAUGAACACCCAGAGAUUUUGGAAGAAGCCUUAAAGAAUAUUUGUUUAUUCAGACCUGGUGUGCAAUCUAAUGUAUACAGUGGAUACUAAAAUCUAAAAACUCUCUAUGUUCUUUGUACAACUCAAAAUGUAGUUUUGCAGUGAGUAUGUGUCAGCUGCUGAGAUCUGUGCACAAGAUCAGAAGGCCUGCAUAGACUUCACCUAUAACUAUUCUUGAGUUAAAGCCAGGGGUUUAGCCUUCAAGAUUUAGCACAAGGCCCAAGGCAAUAAAAAUUCAACAAGAUCCUCCAAAAAUGUCCAGUCAGAGCAUGUGAAAUAGGAAUUUUGCUUUUUGAUGAAAGACGUAAGAUAUCCAACUGUGGUUAUUCCACCUGAGCCCCAACUUGCAAUUAAAUUAUGGCUUGUAGCUUAAGAAUCUGUACAAAAAUGAUUUUGUGAUUAUUUUAAUCAGUACAGUGGUUCCUAAAAUGUGUGACAUGAUGUGUGUUCAGGGGGAACAUGGAUAAAUUGCAAAAUGUAGCUGGGUGAAGAGAGAAGGUUUAGGAAAAAGAUAUCGCCUAACCUUCCCCCCAGUUUAAUUCACUUCAAACACAACCAGGUAAGGUCUGAAAUGAAUGAAGGUGGAGUCUUUGGCCAAAAGCACUGUGAACUUCCCUCAUUUAUACUUGAAACUGCAAUAACAUCUGAAUUUUGUUCUGGUGUUGCAGCUUUGAAAAUCACACGGACCACACUUACAUGAUAAAAUGCUCUCUAUAAGGCACACGUUUUAUUUCAUUCUAACUGGGAUACUUCUUCUACAGUCAGUAGACCCUUUAUGGCACAGGGAAGCCAUGAUAUAAAAGGUUUGGGAACCACUGGAUUAGUGAAUCCAUAAAAUCAAGUAUUUCCAAAACUGUUGCAUUAGCCCAUUAAAGGCAGGCAUGAGAUAUAGGGACAACUUAAGAUGUGAGGCUCCCUAAUUAUGUGGUAAUUGUAAAAAAAAAAAAGUCAAAUGUGUACAUGCAGCUUUUUGCAUGUAACUCUACAAUGGUUAUGUGCAUAUUGCAUCAACUAAAAAAAAUGGUUAUGGUGUCCCAUAAACUGACCAUAUGUUAACGAACUUGAACCAGAUACAAUCUGGAUACUAAAAAAAAAAAUCUCAUUGGCAUGCAUGUGCCAAGGGAACUCCAGUACAAACAUGUCAGGAAAGGGUUCAAUAUGACCAAGCAGUUCAGUUUACAGACAAUUACAAAGAUUAAAAUUAAUUAGGUUUCCAAAACAAUCCCUUUAAAAUGAUUAGGGAUACUUUGUCAUAGGUUGCAAUUUUGCUACCAAAAAACGUCUGUGUCUCACUGAUGUUAGUGCUUGUACACUGAGUGGGAAGGAGGUACAACCCUUAUUUAAACAUUUUGCGUACACGUAUUCUAUUUUCUUAAUUUCUGAAUAAACUGUGGUGAUUACAUCUAGCCAUCUAGCCUCGAUACACAAAAAGCAAACAGCCAAGUAGCAAAAGAGUGUUCUUGCAGAUGAUUCAGCCUCAGUCAAUCAUCAACUUUUCCCUCCAUUGCCAACUUUUUAUAUAUGGCAGCAAGCAUGAGGUUAUAAUAAUCCAAGUAUCUGCAACUGUGCUUUUCUACUUUGUAUUUUUUCCCUGGUUUCAGUAAAUGUUGAAUAUGCUAGUGUAUGUGGAACUGACUUUAUUAAAAGGGUAUGUUUGUGUACCUUUCGUAGUGUUUCAAGUUGGCAGCUCAGAUGAAAAGGCUGUUCAAACACAAUUAUUUGUGAAAUGGCACUUGUAUGUUUGCUCCGAGAGUUUGGGGUUUGUAAAAUCGCUGUAUGUUCAGUAUCUUUUUUUAAAAAAAAUACAGUGCAAAUUUUGCAAAUGUCAGUCCUUGAUUUGACACUGAAAAUAUGUACAAAGAGUACCCAAAUACAAAAAAACAGGCUUCCUUGGAAAACAAACCUGAAAUAGUUGUCUGUAAAAUAGUGGCUUUAUUAAUGGAUGUGACCCUUGUUAUCAGUGCUCACUAGAACACCUCAAUUCUAUCCACAAAAUCACACUUGUAUGCUUCAAACAGCAUCAAUAUACUUAUUUAAAGUAAAUGCAGCUAUCCAUUAGAAUGUGCAUUCCAAAAACAACUGAUUCACCUUAACUGUUUAACUACAAAUUUAAUUAGGAAGAUUUUUUUUCUUUACAUCCAUUGCUCGAUCCACAUUCAGGUACGUGCUUGUGUUUGAACUUUAAAGACUUGCAAAGAGAACCUUUCUUUCCCACCAAAAUCAGCAAUUACCAUCCAUCUCUGAUAAUGUUCAGCCAUAAGUAACUGAUGAGCUUAAUGAAAAACAUUAGUGGUUAAAGUUUUUUUUAUUUCUAUGAUAUUUUAGUACUGUUUGAUUAAUACUUUACUCCUGUGAUUCUACUGUAACAUGGCAUAUUUAUAUUUGUACAAUUUUUUGCAAACAUGCUAUAUUUGCACCUUUGUUAUUUAUAUAACAUCACAUUCUUAUCUGCUUAUGUACAAAGAAAAACAAACUUGUGUUUCUGCUUUAAAGUUUUUUUUUCCUUCUUGUUCUCCCUUGUGGGGACAGUUAAGUGGAAUUUAGCACUGCCAGUAAAACAAAUGAUUAGGUACCCAUAAAUAAAUUAAGGUAAAUUAAAAUCAAUUUCACACGUAAGUCCCUUAAAUAUUGUAUUUUUAUUUUUAAUGAACAAGUAUUAUAAUCUGUAAAGUAUUUUUGUACAAAUUUAAUACUUUGGUAGCAUGAUAUUUAUCGUCUAUGUAUAACUUUGGGAAUUCCUACAGUUGUAAACCUUUGUAUGGAAAAAAAAUAAAAUAAAAGAUAUACAGA